GCCGGAUCUGGCUGAUGGGCAGCUGUACGGAGGCAGUGAGUGUGCGAUGUGUGUUGUGUUUAUAAAUGUCUAUCCCCCGUCUAUAGGGGAUCGUGCGCCCCCCUCCACCUCGGGGCCGUCUGUGUGUCACCUGUGCGCGCGAGCGGACCAGUGACCUCUGACCCUGCGGUGGCAUUCGUGGCGCCCGUCGGGAUGUCCGGUGACAUUGAGCAGUUGAAGCAGCAGCUUCUGGUGUCCCAGUUCGUGCUGGCGGCCGGAUGCGCCACCGACCAGGCCGAGCAGUUGUUACGGGCCGCGCACUGGCAGUAUGAGACCGCUCUUAGCGCCUUCUUCCUGGAGACGAAUCACCCGUAUAUACCGCACCACCAGAUGAUGGGGACCCCCGCCAACACCCCGGCGACCCCUCCGAACUUCCCCGACGCCCUCACUAUGUUUUCCCGUCUGAAAGCCUCGGAGAGCGGAUACCUGUCUUCCCUGGCCACGUCCCCGCCGCUCCAGCAGGGAGGAAGCGGCAGCCAUUUGCCCCACGACCCCCGGGGCCACCAGCCGGGCAUGACCUUCCCCGGAGGGAACAACCCGAGAGGAGCGGAGGCGAACCCAGCGGCCGAAGCCGAGAGAUGAGGCGCCGAGGACUGACGGACACCAGGAAGGAGGCAGGAUGGGACCUUCAGGGUGCGGCUCUGCGGCGGGCAUCUCACCCUAGCAAUACGUCAGCGGCAGCGCCCGUCUGUCUGACACUCUCUAUUUACCUCACUUGCCUGCAGAGCAUUGUACCGCUCCAUCCUCCACUAGAGAGACGCUCUGCACGAUAAGCACACCACGGCAGAGCCGCCCCGGGACGUCGGCCGUACCUCAUAGCGCGUUGUGUGCUGGUGCAGAGCAUUUCCAGGCCUCGGCCUCUCGCCCGCGGAGCUUACGGUGUAGGGAUUUGUGUUUCGGAUGUCAUUUAAUACAAACGUUCCUGUAGCGGUUUUAAGAGUUGACAAUAAAUAUUUUCAUCUUU